AUGGACACUCUUAAAUAUGAAGAAGACUUUAAAUUACUGAAUCAGAACUUUCAUUUAAUAAAACAAUUACAAAAAUCACAGAAAAAUAACGAAAAUGAAUCAGAUGACAGUAAAUCUGAUCAGAUAAAUAAAUUGAUUGAAGAAUCAAUUUAUAAAAUUGAAGAGAUCAAAGUUUUAGAAGAUCAGAAUGUCCUACUGCUGGGAAUGAAGACGACACUGUUGUACGAACGCUCAAAAUUGCUGACAAACUUGAACCAGCAUCAAGAUGCAGAAGAACUUUUGGCGCAGUGUUUGAAAGAUAUAAAUGACUUCAUAACCUCAAAAGAAUUAAUUUACUUGUCACUGAGAAUCAUAAAUCAUUACGCUUACCUUCUUUCCAAGCGAGAAGACUAUACUGAGGCGAGAAAAAUUCUCGAGCUUGGUGAAAAAGUUUACGAAACAGCUGAUAUAAAAAAUGGAUUCUGGAGCAGCGAUGAUUUGUUUGCCGGUACUCUUCUCGCGACGACCAAUGCCACCAGCAGGCUGGAGCAUCUGGUGACCAACAAUCUCCAAAUGCUGGCGUUUGUUUACAGUAAGAUGGAACUGCAUGAUAAGUUCGCGGAAUAUCAUCAUCGAGUGUUGGAUCGUCAGCUGUUGCUGGAUGACAAAGAGCCGCUGGUUUGGUCUUUCAAGUCGACCACUUUGGCUGCCUACCUGUCGGCAAACAAUCGGUUUGAGUAUAGAAGCGAAGAAUCAUUUAGAGGCUGCUGAAUUUGUUCUGAAGAAAUAUGAAGACGAAUUAAAAGCAUUGGAGCUGUCAAAAGAAGUUUCAGACAAAUUGAAAAGCGUCCAGGAAAAAUUGAUGAUUGUUGCCAAAGGCUGGGUCAAGUACAGCCUGAGUUUAUUCAAUGCAUCAAUUUCGAAAAUGGUUGAGCAUUUAUCUCAAGAUUUGUCACCCACAGAAGCAUUGGAACAAACCAAUCUUUUGUCCCCGCCAUGUGAAGAUAUAAUUAAAGAGAUAAAUGAAGAAGAGAAUACUGGUGAAGAUGAUAACAAACUCAGUAGUGAAACUAAGCUAUUAUUUAAACUUAAUGUUGAUAGUCAAGUCUCAACGACUUUGGUUGAGAAUACAUGUGAAGCCAGAAUUUUGUUUAAUUACUCACAUAAUUAUCUCACGAAAAUACGCAUGUUUUAUACGCUUGAAUCCAAUCCUAUGGACUAUGUUAAUGCAAUCCUUGAUUUGAGUGAGCUGUAUCGGUGUUUGGCUUUCUAUGAAGAAGAAAUCGAGAGUCAGUAUUCAGUCCAAAAACUGAGAGCAGACGCCAUAGAAACGCUGAGUACUAUUCUUCGCCAGGUGAGACCAGAGUGUUACAUCGCGGUGUCGAUAGAACUUCUUCAGGAAUUAGCGGAGAUCCAGCUGGAUUUACUGGGAUUAAAUUUGAGAAGAAUUUAUGCCGCGAGGGAUAAUAUUGAAGAUAGUCAGCGUCGUAAAGUUGAAUCGUUGAAACAUUUACAUUCUAAAAUUCAGAAAUUUAAAAAUGAUUCCAACGAUUCUUGUUCCUCUGUUCUGUGA